AUGGUUAUGGCAAAUUCUACAUCGGAAUAUAAGUUACCUUAUAAAAUACAGCCAUUAUUGAAGCCGUACAAUGCAAGAAAUUAUGCAUUUGAUUGUAUACACGAAUUUAUACGUAUAGUAAUGGUCGUUUCCGCUUACGUUGGUACUGAUUGUUUAUUCGGUUGUACCAGUUUUCAUCUUAGCGGUCAAUUGGCCAUAUUGAAAUGUCGAGUGAAGGAAAUUUCAAAGAAUACCGAUGGUUUUCGGCAAGGAAUUCGUAAAAUCAUUCUCCGACAUCAACAUUUGAUAAGAUUAGCGGAUAUAUUAGAAGAUAGUUUUAAUAUCAUUAUUGGUCAAAAUUUAUUUGGGAUAACUAUACAGAUUUGUGUAUCGAGUUAUCAAAUGCUCAGUAGUUUGGCCGUGCUCGAAAAAAUAGAUAUAUUAACAUUUAUUCUGUAUGACUAUCUUUUGUUGGUCUCAUUGUUUACUUAUUGUUACAUCGGUGAAUGUAUAAUCAAGGAAAGUACGAGCUUGUGCGAAGAGUUUUAUUUUACUAACUGGUACGAAAUGCCGACGUUCGAUAUAAAAUCGAUUUGCAUUUGCAUGAUGCGCACCAGGAAACAACUGCAAUUGACUUGUGCGAAGUUUUGCAUUCUGACUGUAAGCAUGUUUAUCAAUGUUUACAAACAAGUACAAACAUUUACAAGUACAAACAAGAUAAGUUACAAACAUUUUUGUCAACAAUUACAUUUUGCAAUAUUUUAA